UGCGCUGCUGAGUUGAAGCGCAACAGCCCGGAGAGCGCAGCAGCGACUUCACCGCUGCAACUUUGAUGACGGGGUUUUUUUUUGGAGCUGUCGAUGUGCGCGUUUGAAGUGCUUUGCUGGUGAAGACAAGGGGGAUCGAGUCUCGACCUACGGUUCCCUCUCUGCCAGUCGGAUCAAAAAAUGAAAUUCCUGAUUUGUGUCGUAGCAGUCGCCUUGGCGGUGGGAUCUGCGCACGGAGGUGCAAAGUUUGACGAGCCGUGUGGAGGCCUGGACUGUAGCGGAGGAUGUAGGUGCAACCCAGAGAAAGGCAGCAGGGGUCGUCCUGGGCCUCUCGGUGAAGUUGGACAGAGCGGACCGGAGGGGCCCCGUGGCAGCGUGGGGCCUUCAGGGCCUAAAGGAGAGAAGGGCCACGUCGGACUGAAAGGACCAUCUGGCCCCAAAGGAGACAAAGGACCGAUGGGAGUUCCCGGGUUCCAGGGAACUGAUGGCGUACCUGGUCACCCUGGUGCUGAGGGCGGCAGAGGAUCACCAGGACUGGACGGUUGUAACGGGACCAGAGGUGAGCCGGGAGACCCUGGAUACGGGACAGGAGCGCCUGGAUACCCUGGAACUGCUGGGCCUAGUGGGCCAAAGGGUCAGAAAGGAGAGCCUCGAUACAUCUCGGAUAACGGCAUCACGAGUUAUCCAGGUGUACAGGGACCGGACGGUGCACCUGGUAUCAGAGGUCCUGAUGGUCCGUCUGGUUUUCCUGGUCCGAGAGGGCCUGAGGGAUACACUGGCCCGCCUGGUCCUCCCGGUCCCCCAGGGCUGAUGGGGAGCCGCAGUGACGGAUAUCAAGGAGAAAAAGGAGACAAGGGCGACGUGGGUCUUCCCGGACCCAGUGGUACUCCCGGCGACGGGUCGCUAAGAAGCGAACAAACUCUCACUAUCUACAAAGGAGAUAAGGGAGAACCCGGACCAAAGGGAAUCAGAGGAUUCUCCGGCAACCCUGGCCGACCUGGACCUUUCGGUUAUCGUGGUGAAUAUGGAGAAAAGGGCAUUCCUGGAUACCCCGGGGCAAGAGGUCCUCCAGGUUUUAACGGCCCCCCUGGUGCUACAGGACAACAGGGAUACAGCGGUAACCCAGGUUUCCCCGGGCAACCAGGAUACAUAGGACCGAAGGGAGACCAGGGAGAACCCGGACUGCCAGGACCUCCCGCUUACUCUAAUGGGUUGAGCACCUCUGUUCAAGGACUCCCGGGUGAUCCAGGUCUCGGCGGCUUGCCCGGUUCCCCAGGUGACCAGGGAGCGCCAGGGUUCCCAGGAGCACCGGGCCCACCAGGACAACAGUUGGAUCCCACAUAUGGAAGUCGUCCAGGCACCCCAGGUUUCCCCGGGACCCCAGGCCCAAAGGGAGAGAAGGGUAACCAGGGCAUACCAGGCUACGGCACUGAAGGAAUCCCAGGCUCCCCAGGACUCCCCGGACCCGUCGGGCUUCCUGGACUUCCGGGCCCCUCUAGGUCGACCGAUCCCUGCGUCAUCUAUCCACCGUACCCAGUUACCCCCGGUGUCCCCACCAGCUACCCUGGACCGCCUGGGACGCCUGGCCCAAGAGGACCGCCAGGGAACACAGGAUACAAAGGCUUCAGAGGGGAUCCUGGCGACUGUGCCUGCCUGGGAGGCGGCUCCUCGGCGUUGCCCGGCCUACCCGGAGCCCCCGGAACCAACGGCAGCCCCGGCUUCCCUGGACGUAAGGGUGAGCCUGGUGAUAGCGGUUCACCCGGCUUUAAUGGCGUCCAAGGACCUCCUGGUCGAAGCGGUGAAACGGGUUUCUUUGGCCGUAAGGGAGAGAAGGGGGCACCUUACUACCCCAACCAGGGUUUGGGGGUGAAAGGAGAGCUCGGAGCUACCGGGCCCAGAGGACCUACAGGUGAAACUGGAAAACCUGGCAGAGACGGACUGCCUGGCUUCCCUGGAGCCCCCGGGCCCCCAGGUGACGCUGGCUACGGCACAGUUGGAGAGAAAGGUUUCCCAGGGUUCCCGGGGUCUAAGGGUCGUCCCGGCGGCGCUGGCGAGCCCGGCAUUGGCUACGUCGGAACCCCAGGCUUUCGCGGAGAGCCUGGAGAGCCCGGUAUUUCUGGGUUGCCAGGGCAACCAGGUUUACCUGGACCGAGAGGUGAAAACAGCUGUGGAGGGGUUAAUGACGUCGGAGAGGGAACGGGCCAAGUGCUACCUUGCACCAUACCUGGUGAGGAUGGAGACCCCGGUUACCCCGGUUUACCUGGACGGCCAGGCCCUAAAGGUCAGCCAGGUUUUCCAGGAGAUUCAGGACGUCCAGGGUUUGACGGUGCCAAAGGAGAGAGAGGAGACCCAGGUUCUGGAGGCCGACCUGGACCUCAAGGUUUCCCUGGACCCAGAGGGGAUUCUGGAGCUCCCGGUAUCCCAGGACAGGGCUUUGAUGGAGGCAGGGGGAAGGAUGGUCUUCCAGGGCGUCCUGGAGCCAAAGGCCAGCCCGGAGAGGUUCUGGGAGCCACACCUGGUGCUCCAGGACAGGACGGCUUACCAGGAAUAACUGGAGACAAAGGCCAGCCAGGGACACCUGGAGGACCUGGCUCACCUGGUUUUGACGGACGCUCCGGUGUCCCCGGACUAAAGGGAGAGCGCGGCGUUGACGGUCUUCCCGGUUUCCCCGGCCUUCCUGGACUUCCAGGUGAGCCGACCGGCGGCAUUCCCGGUCGGCCCGGAGCUCCUGGCAGCAAGGGACUGAGCGGAUCACCAGGUUUCCCCGGUCGGAAGGGAGACAGAGGAGAUCCAGGAUUCCCAGGCCCUGCUGGGAUGAAGGGAACCCCAGGACAGCCUGGCACCCCUGGGUCACCAGGGGCAAGGGGACCCCCCGGACCUCCAGGACCAGGAACUAGAGAGGGGAUCCCAGGAAUACCAGGAACAAAGGGUGAAAGAGGUUUCCCAGGUCUGAUGGGUUUCCCUGGACUCCCAGGGCGUCCUGGUACUCCAGGAUUUACUGGAGGAAAAGGACUGCCUGGGGGGCCUGGAAGAAACGGACUUCCCGGUGGAUCUGGAUACCCCGGACUGAAAGGUGACAGAGGAUACCCCGGCCCUCCUGGCUUGCCCGCGACUCCUAGUCCAUCACUGUUUGUGGAGAAAGGAGACCCCGGAAACCCUGGAGGCAACGGCCUUCCUGGCUUCCCCGGACCCAGAGGUGACAAGGGUUUCCCAGGUCUGCCUGGUCGUCAGGGUCUGCCUGGACUUCCUGGUUUUGCUGAGCAGAGUAAAGGACAGCCGGGACAGCCUGGUUAUCCCGGGACGCCAGGACCUCCGGGCUUCCCCGGACCAAAGGGAGAGGCUGGAAUCAUGGGAUUCCCCGGCAUAUCUGGAGCAAGGGGUGAUGACGGUUCACCUGGUUACCCUGGUAAUCCUGGAGAAUCCGGGCGACCUGGUUCCAGGGGUAUACCUGGAGAUAGCUUUGGUUAUCCUGGAGGCCCAGGAGCUAAAGGCCAGCAAGGAGAUUCAGGUUUCCCAGGUGGUCCUGGUAGGGACGGCGCCCGUGGUGACAACGGCUUUCCAGGAAGUCCAGGUUUCCCUGGAGGAAAGGGAGCUCCUGGUGAAGCAGGACGGCCUGGAUUAAUGGGCUCCCCUGGUUUCCCCGGUCCAAAGGGUCAGUCCGGCUACCCAGGUAGAAGAGGAGGAGAUGGCACUCCUGGUUUCCCUGGAGGUCCUGGAGGACCUGGAGCUAAAGGUUUGCCUGGAUCUCCUGGUUUGGAUGGACUCAAUGGCCUUGGUGGACCUAAAGGUCUCCCUGGAACCCCAGGUGGAAGUAUAGGAGGUCGCUCAGGUGCCCCUGGAAUUCCAGGGUUGAAGGGAGAGAGAGGCGUCUCCUACCCAGGAUCUCCAGGCUACCCCGGCCCGAAGGGAGAGAGAGGACAGCCAGGUGGUCCUGGACUCACAGGGUUCCCUGGUCUGCCCGGACCUCGUGGUGAGUCUGUGGGGUCAGAUGUUCCUGGACCUCUGGGAGACCCCGGCCUCCCUGGACUGGAUGGAGAGUAUGGUUUCCAAGGUCCUCCAGGUCCACCCGGGCCGCCCGGUCCAGGCACGGCCCAGGGAGACAGAGGUGACCCUGGGCUCCCGGGCUUCCCUGGCUCCCCUGGGAGGAAAGGAGAUUCAGGAGGCUCCGGAGGCCCGGGAAGCCCCGGCUAUCCCGGUGCCAAAGGAGCACGAGGUGAGACUGGUUUCAGCGGAGGUCCUGGUCUGAAGGGUUUCUCAGGUGACCCUGGUUACUAUGGAUUCAAGGGAGCCAAGGGAUUACAAGGGCGUCCCGGUCGUAAGGGUUUCCCUGGAAUCACGCUGCCUACACCACCGGGAAACAUCACGCGAUUCUUCGGAGAAGUGGGUUUCCCCGGUGCAAACGGAGCCACUGGCGUUAUCGGAGAAUCCGGUCAGCCUGGAGGCCCAGGACGUCCAGGUGCUAAAGGUCGUCCUGGCGCUGUGGGUAAACUGGGCAGGACUGGAUCUCCUGGUCUGGUUGGAUCUGUUGGUGACUCUGGACCCCCUGGUUUCCCUGGACCUACUGGAGAGCAAGGUCUUCCGGGUACGGUCGGUCGUCCCGGCAUUCCCGGCGGCGUCGGGCGCAGUCACAGCAUCGGUUACACCCUGGUGAAGCACAGCCAGAACACCCAGGUUCCCAUGUGUCCUCAGGGCAUGGCCAAACUGUGGGACGGAUACAGCCUGCUGUACGUGGAGGGACAGGAGAAGGCACACAACCAGGAUCUUGGUCAGCCGGGGUCAUGCCUCCCGAGGUUCAGCACCAUCCCCUUCCUCUACUGCUCCCCCAACGAGGUCUGCUACUACGCCAGCCGCAACGACAAGUCCUACUGGCUCUCCACAACCGCACCCAUACCCAUGAUGCCUGUGGCCGAGCAGCAGAUACAAUCUUAUAUCAGCAGGUGUUCGGUUUGUGAGGCUCCAUCUCAGGCCGUGGCGGUCCACAGUCAGGACAUGACCAUCCCCACCUGCCCCCCCGGCUGGAGGAGUCUCUGGAUAGGAUACUCCUUCCUGAUGCACACGGCGGCCGGCGCUGAGGGCGGCGGUCAGUCCCUGGUGUCCCCCGGCUCCUGCCUGGAGGAUUUCCGCGCGACGCCGUUCAUCGAGUGCAACGGGGCCAAGGGCUCCUGCCACUACUUUGCCAACAAGUACAGCUUCUGGCUCACCACCGUGGACCCCGGCCUGGAGUUCGUCUACUCGCCGACGCAGGAGACCCUGAAGGGAGGCCAGGAGCGCUCCAAAGUCAGCCGCUGCCAAGUCUGCAGCAAGCUCUUGUAGUAGGAGGAGGCGAAGGAUGGAGGAGCGGAGGGAUGGCGGGAGGGAAACAUCAGGAGGUGACACACUAACACUUCAGAGGGAGGUGUUGAGAGGUGUUGAUGAUGGAGGAUGAGAUGGUUUUAAAAAGCAAGAACAUGUGACUGACUGAAAAUGAGCUCCUCUCCUGCUUCACUGAUGGUUUCACAGCCGAGUCGAGCAACCUCGCCCCGUUUUCAGAGUGUUUUAUUUUUUAUCCCAUUUAGGAAUCAAUUGCUUAUCAAAAAAAUAAAUAAAGAAGUGUUGGAGAUAGGAAAUGGAAAGAGAAGGGUUCUUCUCUCGAUUAUCACUGACAAUGGUGCUAUUGUUCUAUGUGUCGAUUAUUUUGUGUCUGUUUUCUCGUUACGGUUUUUGGCGAGAAUCAUUCUCGGCUACCUCGGAGAGUGCCACACCCUUGGGGUAGCACUGCCCCGCCGCGCACACGUCAGGGUCGACAUCUGCUCCAGAUAAGUCAGGUCAGAGAGUGAAGUCAGAUAUUGGUGUGACUCAAAGUUGGUUGAAUCUAAGAUCUUAACAGUGGGUGUUUAACGUUCUUUUCUGAGCUGGUUUAACUGAAGUAGAUGGUACAAACACACACACACAUGCACACGCACACACACAAACAUUAUUUCUUUUUUUUGUGAAAUGGCCACCGUAAAACUUUGCUUCUUUUGUAUUUACUGCCGGCUUCAACCAGUGUAACUGCAGUUAUUUUACAGAUUAUGUUAUGUUAGUCACCACAGUCGUAUCCUCUGUACUGACGACUUUUGUAUGUUUUGCUUGAAUAGCAACAGUGUAUGGGUUGUCAUUCAUUUCACCGUGGGUGUGAAAAUCAAGUUGCAGAGACUCGAGACUUGCUUGAGGUAAAGAAAAGCAUUACAGUCGACAUAUACUGCACUGUAUUAUUGUCAUUUAAAGGAGCAAGUUUAGCUAUUGCUACAUAGCUAACGUUAGCAUUAACAGCUGUUUACUUACCAGUCUUACCGAGAGCUUCAGCCAUCGUUGCAUUUACCAGAGGUUCUUCAGGGCAGACCAGACGCUAUGGUGACUCGGUAUUGGAAAAUGCUCAUUGUUUUGUUUUGUUUUUUUAGGGUUAGCUGGUUAGCAUGCGAACUUCAGUAGAAGAAAAGAAGGUGAUAGAAUAGAAGCAAAAGAAAAGGAGUUGCUUUCCACUGCUGGAGACAGCUCUGGAAUGAAGUUUGUUACUGAACUCACAACGUUUCUUCUAGACCGGCAACAGCUGUUAAUGCUAACGUUAGCUAUGUAGCUAUGUAACAUUUUCAGGUGUCUGCCAUAAAAUCCUAGAUAUUAUUGUCGUUUUUAAAACAAGUCCUUCUUCUAACUUCAACAUAACUGAUGAAAAAUGGCAACUGAAUGUUCACUUUAAAGGAUUUUUAUUAUUUCAAGCCAGUUACAAUUCUCCAUGAAUUGAUUUUCAUAGCUGCGGGAAAAUGACUGCAAACCGAUGGCUGUCUGGAAUUUAGGAAAUGAGCAGAAAAGUUCAUUCUCAACAUUGGAAAUGGUAUUAUGAUGAAAUAAUCUGCACUCAAGGACCACUUACUCACUUUUUCUAGAGCUUUUGUUAUGGGUUCUACCACCUGCUAUUGAAGACUAAGCUAUAAGUACAUUUUGGAAAAUGCUCAGCAACAGUAUGAUCUAUGCAUGAUUCAGUUUUUGUGCAAAAAAAAAACAAAACAUGCAGGACAACCAGUACAAUCCUUUAAAUCUACUAUGCAUUUUUCAGGUUUCACAUACCUGUGAUCUUUGCACAGUUCACAGUGUGACUCUGGUGCUAAAAAAACCCUGACAGUCGACUUGAAAGGCAACAUUUCAGAACGCGUUCUCAUUAAACGUCUUGCAAUAAAAAGCCAAGCCAGCACUUUUCCUCAAAACAGAACCUCUGCAACCGCUAACACCAGUAACACAUGACUUGAAUGAGACCACCCAUUCAUAUAUAUAUUGCACUGAUGUGAACUCAUAUGGGUUAGAACAAUAAACAAGUCAAAUAAAAAGGGGCGUUUUUACCGUUAUAUCUCCACUUUCACAGGCUUUUCAUUGUUAUGUUGUGACCAAACUAGUGUUGUUGUUUUUUUUUAAUCACAGUAAACCCUUUAUUCACAUUAAAUUUGCAACAGGAAACCAAACACACACUCUGAUAGAUUGUUAAUUAUUGCUGUACAUAGUGCUUCCUGUAUUUCCCAGCAAAGUAUGUUAGAGCAAAGGUCUAUAAUGCUGUUAGCUCCUUAUUUUAUUUUCAAUUUUUUUCAGUCUCUGUGUCUUUUCACUGUCCUCGGAUGAUAAAUAGGAAGAAAUUACUUAUUUUCUUGUUUCUUUCCAUUGAAUUUGGUUUUGCAUUGUAGAUUGAAAGUCUCACAUCAGUCUACUCUCCUCUUGCGGUAUUAUCCCUGGACAGUGAAGGCUACUGCGUGACUUGUAACCACUAUGACCACUGCGUCACAUAGCUCUGUCUCUCUGCUGGUAGCCCUGAUUUUAUUCCUAUGUCACAUUUUAUUUUUGUUUUAUUUUCCUCUUUUUUUUUUUUUGUCUGCAUUUGUUGUUUUGUAAUCUAGAUUUGUAAUUAUUUUACUUAUACUAUCCCCUGGUAUUAUUUACUGAGAUGGGAGGGAAUGGGAAGAUAAUGAUGUGUACAUUAAAUAUUAUGGACAAAAAAAUGCCUUUAGGAUGUUUUUAUAUGGAAAGUAUAUUCAAAGCUGAUGAUUUAACAGACAUAACAACAGAUUGUAUUGUCUGAUUGCUCUUUACCCCAUGUUAAAAGCCAAGAGAUAAAGCAACUUACUGUAAGUGGCUGGAGUGACAGAAAAGAAAUGCAGUUUUUCCUCAAAGAGGAUCUAUAACAAAAAAUGGUAAUAAACAUUGUCUGUUACUGUCAUGUGUUUCUGUGCUCACACACUUUGAAAUAAAGUUUCAAAACUAACAGAGAAAUGCAGAAUUAUUAUUCGUACGUCUCAGCCCUGUGUGGGGAACAUCAUGAAGAUUUACUUGAGGGAAUAAAUAAGGUAAAAUCAGUAUUUUCAAGUGUUUCUAAUGUUUGUUUUUACAUGUAACCUCCACUGAGGAGGUUUUGUUGUGCUUUAGUCAGUGUAUAGAUAAUGUUUGGGAUCAAAUUGCUGUGUGUCUGGCAAAUCCAAAUUAAAAACAUUAACACCUUUUA